AUGCCCCCACAAACCCAUGAUCCAGAUGCUGAGAGCAGUGAUCUGUCUGACAAACCACACAAGGAAAGAGCUCCCACUGCACCACACAGGCAAAUGCUGAUUUGCAUGGAAACCCCUUUAUGCUACAAUUCCAAUGACAAUGAUGACAGUGAUGAAACCCAAUAUAACAUUGACACCAUCUCUGAACUCAACCCUGAAGUGCUCAGGGAACCCUGGAAACUACAUGAUCUCUACUGCAGGCUCAUGAUGGACCUCACAAAGAUGGAAAAGAUCACCAAGUUGACCCUGCUCAAUGAAGUUGGGAGAAUCUGCAUGUUCCAAGCAAACAUCUGGAAACUCAUUGCCAAUAUCAAUGAACAUUGGGCCAAAGCCGAGUCUAUGGGUCAUGCCCUUCCUGAGAUCCUCAAGGUCAAAACACUUAUCUGUCAGAGGUCGCAUGCCCAAAACCUGAUAUCUGUAAUAGAACCGUGUCUAUUACAAAUUCUGUCGAGAUAUGUGACAAUGAUUGUGGUAUUAUGA